CCCGGAUGUUCACAUCUCAUAGAUUGAGCUUGACUCACCGUCAGCUGUUCAGUUUAGUUUGUCAACAUGAUGCCAUAACUGGAUAAUCACCGGGAAAUAACCGGGUUAACGGAGAGUUUUGGCGGGAGAAUGGAGGCGUUCAGCAAGCUGGGCAGCAUGUUGCUGCACGCGCUGGAGACGAGGGAGCCCACAGUCGACCUGCUGGAAUCGUUUGUGGAUCACUGGAAGGCGAUCACUAAUUAUUACAUUGAGACGACAGAUGACAGUCGUCCCGUCAAACAGACAGAGAUCCCAUGGCGUCUCAAACAGAUGCUGGACAUCCUGGUGUAUGAGGAGAAACAACAGGUAACACACACACACCUUGACACACACACCCCUGAUGGCUGUGUUUGUGUGCAGGCGAUGCAGGCCCCCAGAGCCUGUCUGGAGUAUCUGCUGCAGCACAAGCUGCUGGAGACCCUGGUCACGCUGGGGAAGGCUCAGUACCCCCCAGGCAUGGUGCAGCAGGUCCUGCUGUUCUUCUCUAAGCUGCUGUCUCAGAUCCAGAAGCCUCUGCUGCAGCUGGUCAACGUCUACAGACCUGUACAGAAGUUGAUUCGCCUCUGCGCACUUCCUGGUUCCCAAACGGAGAAGGAGGAAGCUCAGUUCCUAUUGGUCAUCUGCUCCAGAGUCAAACAGGAUCCGGACACACUCAGAUAUGUCUUAGAGAUUGUGCACCAAUCAGCAGCCCGGACAACAGCAUCUGUCCAAUCACAGAAUGACCCAGCUUCCAAUCAUGCAACAGAACCCCCCAUCUCAAGCAAAUCAGUGGCCUCUCCCUGCAGCCUUGUCCAAUCAGAGGCCUCUCCCUGCAGCCUUGUCCAAUCAGAGGCCUCUCCCUGCAGCCCUGUCCAAUCAGAGACCUCUCCCUGCAGCCCUGUCCAAUCAGAGGCCUCUCCCUGCAGCCCUGUCCAAUCAGAGGCCUCUCCCUGCAGCCUUGUCCAAUCAGAGGCCUCUCCCGGCAGCCCUGUCCAAUCAGAGGCCUCUCCCUGCAGCCCUGUCCAAUCAGAGACCUCUCCCUGCAGCCCUGUCCAAUCAGAAUCAGGUCUGCUGUCGGCUCUGCUGCAGCUCACCAGCAGUCAGAGGGGCUCGGUGUGUGUGAAGGCCUAUGAGAGCCUGCUGCUGCUGGCUGCUCUGGAGGGGUCUGCAGGGGAGCUGCUGUCACUCAGCACCCGGCUGGGAGAGCUGCUGGUGGGGAGGCUGCUGCUGCUCCACGCCCUGCUGCCUCUGGAGGACCUGCUACCAGAGGAGCUGCAGAGCUGGCCUCACACGCCUUGGAGCUCUGAGUCUCCGACCUCUGGUCACAUGCCAAACUUCUUCGCCUGGCUGAACUUCCUGGAUCACCUGAUGACAGAGGCUCCACAGGUUUUAGCACUGAAGCUAUCUCAGUGUGUCCGUCGGUUCUGGUUGGUGGACGUUCUUCAGCCUCAACUGCUGCACACGUGUGAGCAGGUGGUCCUGGUCUCCACCUCGCUCCUCUCUGCUGUGGUCCGGCUGGUCCAGUCUUCCUCUCUGCUGGAUCAGAUCGUUCACUUCCUGCUGAGGACAGACCCUCUGACUCACCUGCUGCUGCAGCGCUGCGACCACAUCUCUGACCAGAUAAGCAUGGCGUCUCUGUCCCUGGUGGAGGAGUUACUACAGAAGCCUCACAGGGACAUUCUGGAGGUCCUAGUGCUGAGCUUCCUGCAGAGUCGCAGUUACCUGUCCUCACCUGCAGGAGGAGCGGAGGACAGACUCCCAGAGAGCAUCGAGGCCAACGAGGACAGCGAUGAUCUGGAGGAGGACCCGUUCUUCUUCUCUGACAGUCAGCUCCUCUCUCCUGCUCUCUCCUCCCCUCCCUCUGCAUCUGCUCCCUCUGGACUGGGAUCAUCUGCUGAUGUCGUCAACAGUUUCCUGUGUUUGGUUCCUGUUCAGGUUCGGUCCGCUCAGAUGCUGCAGGAGGGAGGAUACGAGUCGUACGUCCACGACGCUCACACACUGGUGACGGACUGCGGGUCUCUCUCCCUGUCCUGGGAUUGGCCCCUCAGGCCCCCCCCUCCCUCAGGUGAGGAGCAGUUCUUUGAAGGUCCUCUGCUGAGAGUCCUGUUCAACAGACUGGGACGAGUCCUGGAGCAGCCGUACGAGUUGAGUCUUCAGGUGACGGCUGUCCUGUCUCGCCUGUCUGCCUUCAGCCACCCGCUGCUGCAGGAGUACCUGCUGAACCCCUACAUACACCUGUCUCACUGCUGUAGGUCGCUCUUCUCUGUCCUCAUCAGGUUGAUGGGGGAGUUGAUGCAGAGGAUUCAGCAGGUCUCUAUUCUGACGGACAGACUGUUGGACACCAGGAGACACCUGCUGGGACUGACCCCCAACACAGGACUGGAGCACCUGACGCUGCUGAAAGGAAUCAUCGUUCUCGAGGAGUUCUGUAAGGAGCUUGCUGCCAUCGCCUUCGUCAAACUGCCUCUGGAGAGCAGUGACUCACCUGGUGACUUACCUGGACCUGCAGUGACUCCCCUGGGCUUGUAUUGACUCACCUGGACCUGCAGUGCCUUAUCUGGAACCUCGGAAGGUCCGCCUGGACUGAUGUUCUGAACCUCUUGAUGUCGGAGGGCCCUGAACGCGUCUCACCUCAGUUUUAUUUAUUGAGUUUCUAUAUUUAUGAUGAUCAGUCUUGAGAGACGGAUCAGCCAGACAUUCUCCUCGGCAGAACGGUCAGAGACCCCCCCCCCCCCGGUUACGGGGUUUUUAUUCAGUUUUAAUUUCAGGGGCCUUACCUUAGAGACGUCAGGACAGCUGAGUCUACGGUACCAAGUCGAUGCUAAAACUGGGUUUUCUGAAAAACAUCCGGCCCUGUCAAGAGCACACGCUAACAACGUUCGCUGCUAAUGUUAGCUGCUAGCAGUCGGAGUGACGUUACGUUGAGUAUCAUUAUGAUGCGUUCAUGCUAUCUAGUAUAAAUGUGUGUUUGGUGGGGGGGGGGGAAUUAUAAAUGUAUCAUGAUGUGUUCAAAUGUAAUCUUGGAAAAUGUAAUUUUUGGGUCAGAAAUUCCAGAUGUUUGAGGGGGUUCUGACCCAUUUCACCAGAACGUGCUGUAUAGUUUGGUUCUAUCGUCUUGUGAACAUUUGCUUGUUUAGGAAACAACUUCACCGCUGUGCCCUCUGACCUCUGCUACCCCCUCAGGACCGCCUGUCCCCAGACUGAGUCAGCGGUAUUAAACUGAGAGCUUCGUGGAGUCGUGGCUGUCCAUGAAUGCAGUUUGAUCCCAGAGAGAGACUGAGCGAUGUUAGCUGCUAUCGUAGCGUUAGCUGACCAGAAUUAGAGUUAGGAUUUUAAAAGAGAAAGAGCCAAAAAUAUGUUGAAGUUUAAUAAAUGUAUAAAGUCA